AUUGACAAUAAGUGUUUUUUAUAACGAAAAAUUAAAUUAUUGACUGACUAAUUGAUAAAUUAUUUAAAUAAUAAAAUUUGUUUUAUUCGAUAUAUCGAUGUGUAAUUUUAAAUGAUCGAUUAUCAUUCAAAUAAAAUAAAUUUAAAAAAACGUGGGAAAUUAAAAUUUUAAAUUUUGUAUACGAAAAUUUUAAUUUAUAUUUAAGUUUAAUGAAAAAAUAAGUGGAGGGAAAUUAAAAUUUGAAAUUUGAAAUAACAAAAAUUUAAUUUAUAUUUAAAUUUAAUGAAAAAAGAAGUGAUGGGUAAUACGGUUAAAAUAAAGCAACAUUAUGAGACAGCUAAAAAAACAGGAAUAUUAAAUAUAUCAAAUAGACAGAUGAUGGAAAUUCCUGCUAAUAUGAAACAAUUGUCAGAAAUAUUACGAACACUUGAUUUAUCACAAAAUGUAUUUAAAGUUUUACCUGAUGAAAUAGGUAUUUAUGUAAUACUUAAACAAUUAAAUUUGAGUCAUAAUAAAUUACAAACAUUGCCAGCGACAAUUGGUAAUUUAGUUAAAUUGGAAAUACUUAAUGUUAGUUGUAAUCAAUUAAAAACUCUGCCCGAUAGUUUGUCUAAUUUAUCACAUUUAAAACAAGUCAAUUUGUCAGACAAUCAACUGACAGAAUUUCCGUUAAUGUUUUGUGGAUUGAAGCAUCUAGAUGUUUUGGAUUUGUCAAAAAAUAAAUUAACUUGUGUGCCAGAUGGCGUCGUUGGACUCCAUGUUAUUGAAUUAAAUCUUAAUCAAAAUCAAAUUUCGGCGAUCUCCGACAAGAUGGCCGACUGUCCACGACUGAAGACAUUGAGAUUGGAAGAAAAUUGUCUUCAACUUAAUUCAAUACCCACGAGAAUUUUCAAGGAAUCCAAAAUUUCGAAUAUAACCGUUGAGGGUAAUCUGUUUGAGAACAAAAAAAUUGCUGAUGUUGAUGGUUACGAGGUUUACAUGGAGCGUUACACUGCUGUUAAGAAGAAAAUGUUCUAAAUAAUAUGAAUUUUAUUUAAAUACAUCACAAUAAAUAAUUUUUUUAAAUCUUUGCUGGUAUUAAUUCAAAUUUCUUAUGCAUAAUACAAUGUGUCAUGGCACAUGAUUAAAAACUGUUUAAUCAAUUUUGAAAUUUUUGUACCUGUCUACUGAUGUUUAAAUCCUACUCACCUGAUUUUUUUGUAAACACUAAGUAUUUAACAAACAAUGAUUAAUUUUGUCACUUAUUUCAAAUUGUACUUUAAA